AUGGAUCAAAGAAAAAAUGAUAGUUUUGUCCCAAGUAUCACACAGUUGGAAGACUUCCUAACAGAACAUGACUCCAACGUUGUUUGGCUGUUAGUAGCGACAAUACUGUCUUGUGGAUGGAUUAUCUACCUAACUUAUUAUAAUUCCCGGAACAUUGGACUCAUUUUAACAUUGGUUCUUAACAGAUUAUAUAAACAUGGCUACAUCCAUAUUGGUUCCUUUUCGUUCUCUGUGCUGUCUGGAAAAGUCAUGGUUCGUGAAAUCUAUUUCAUCACAGAAGACAUGUCUAUCAGAAUUCAAGAUGGGUUUAUCAUAUUUCGCUGGUGGAAGAUGUACAACCCUAAGCAGAAACAGCAUGAUCCCAAGGCAGAAACACGACUAUAUAUUAUGGUGAAUGACUUUGAAUUUCAUGUGUACAACCGUUCUGAGCUUUAUGGACAACUUCAAGAACUGUUUGGCUUGGAUCCCACAAUAAUUCCAGCAAAGAAAGAUGAUGAAAAAGCACAAGUAAAUGGGAGGCAGAGAACACAUACCAAUCUUGAAAGUGUUAAAGUAAAAACAGAAUCUCAAGACCCUUCUUCUUCAUGGAGAUCGCUUAUUCCAGUCAUUAAAGUCAAUGUGAGCACGGGUCGCUUGGCGUUUGGGAAUCAUUAUCAGCCACAAACACUUUGUAUUAACUUUGAUGAUGCUUUUUUGACAUAUACCACAAAACCACCUUCGAGCCACCUUGAUCAGUUUAUGCACAUUGUGAAAGGAAAACUGGAAAAUGUUAGAGUCAUGCUGGUUCCAAGUCCAAGAUAUGUUGGCCUUCAAAAUGAUGAGUAA